ACUAACAGGUAAGUAGUUGAGCUAUGUUAUAACUGUGGUGUGAUGAAUAUUAUGCAUUAUGUGCAUAUUUAGUAUGGACGAAUAUUAAGGUAAAUCCUAUACAUCCAUGGGUAAAUCUAAAUCUGAAACUAAAAAAGAUGUCGUGAACUCAGAUAUCAUUCAUAAAACAUACAGUGCUACAACACGUUGAUUAAACCUUAAAAUCAGUCAGAUAUACAAUUGGUAGAUUAUUUUCAUAGCUUCCCCUCUUGAGGACGAAAAUUAUGCAUUGUUGUAAGAGUGGCAUCGCAUGCAGCCAUUCCGAUGGAAAGAUCGACGUCUUUCUGACAUAUGUAACGUGCAAAGUUGGCAUUGCAUGCUGGCACUCUCUCACAUGUCGUCAGGUCAAGAAGAAUGUAUUCUGUCACCGCUGGACGAAACAUCAUGUCAAAAAUAUUCAGACUCAAGCUCUUUGUUUAAUUUAUGCACUCAUUCGAUCGUCAACCUCUCACCUGCGAGAUUCGCUAAUUCAACAAUGGAACGCCGCAAGUCAAUCUUCAAAAAACUAAAGGCUCAAUUCUACAUUCUAAUUUUCUUUCUACUUUUCCUUGCGCUGUUUCCAAUUUGUUUCUCAAUAUGCGUUCCCAUUUACUUGUUUCGAUUCAUUGUGACGAUGGCUCGCAAAGUAUUUCGACGCGACCUCGGGAACCUGAUCAACACUCGGAGCGCAGUGAUAGCCACGGAUAAUGCCAGUGACAACCCAAAGUGGAACCUCUGCGUGUGGAUUACCCUGGAUGGCAAUCUGGAUUUUGUUCAGUUUCGACAAACCUUCUUACACGACAUAGUUUUGGAGACGAACUCCAAAGGGGAGCUGGUGAACCCAGAGUACCAGCAAUACUACGCCAAAUGGCUUGGGUUUCUCUUCUGGAAGUGGGAGAAAGCAUUCGACAUCCGAGAACACAUGAAAUACUACUUUGAAAACCUUAAGGGAGGAAGUUAUCUCGAAAAAGUGACGACUAACAAAGAGCUACGUCAAAUUAUCAAAGGGUUGACAUCAGAACCGUUCGGACACGAAAAAAGCCCUUGGGAAUUCUUGUUCAUUCCCAACUUCAGAGAGGAAGAUGACCACUCUGCUCCUGCCCCCACUACAGAAUCGAACAAAUCGGUCUUGAUUUUCAGAGUGCAUCACGGAUUUUGUGACGGUUACGCAAUAUUGUGGCUACUGCUUAAACGACUUAACAAGGUGGGGUUGGAACGUGUGGCAAAACCUGCCAAGUUGCCGAAGGGGCGAGGUCGCACGUGGCGAGUACUUUUGAACAGAAUAUUCUCUUGGCUCCGUGCUCCCUACGACUUUAUGACGCUCAUGGUGGAAAGUAAGGACAAGAACGAGUGGCAUUUGUCCCAGGAGACGUUGGAGAGACCAUUCAACACCGCCUUCACCCCACGAAUUCCUUUAAAGUACAUCAAAGAAAUCAAAAACGGGAACAACGUGAGCUUCACAAGCGUCAUCAUGGCGGCGCUCACUGCGAGUAUAAGGAAUUCCAUGAUUGAGAGAGGUGCGAAAGUGCCGAGAAAAAUGACCACGGCUGUAGCAGUGCCAAUGCCAGGCCAUCCAGACAAACUAAGGAACCACUUUAUCUUCUCCUUCAUGUCGCUGCCUGUUGGAGUAUCCGAUCCGAAAAAGAGAUUGAUGAAGAUUGAGAAAAAUUACAAGAAACUGAAACAAUCAUCAGUGAACCUAUUCAGUUUCCUAAUGAUCCCCGUAUUCGGAGGACUCUUCACGUGGAUGAUUGACUGGUUUUCCUUCAACCAUUUCUCUACCGUUCUCACAUCCAACUUUCCAGGACCCGCAGAAAGCAUGCAUUUCAUUGCGGGUGGAAACAACAACAAAGUUUUGGACAUCAACUUUUCUGCCGGAAUGGGUACGGGCAAUGUUGGCGUAGGAUUCUGCAUGAUGAGUUAUGCCCACGGAAUGCGAAUCAUAGCCAGCGCCGACAAGAACAUCUUGCCCACAGACGAAGCCGUUGAGGAGUUGAACGUGAAAAUUGAAGAGGAGCUUAAAGUUCUCAGAAAUUUGCAUUGCGGGAACACCACCGUGUAAAACUAAUCAUAAGCAACUCAAUAAAUAAAUUUUACUUUACUAUUCUUC